CUUCCUUUUCUCCUUUCUUUUCUUUUUGGAGUAACAUCUCAACGGCACCUCGGCUCUGGGCUGUAAGCCCUGCGAUCUCAAGGCGCAAGGCUGGGCGCAACGGCAGGGUUGCGGGGUUACGGGAUUGCGGGGUCCGGGGAGUGGAACCCGCCGACUCCGGGAACGAAGCACCGGCGCCAAGGCGUGGGAAGCGGCGGGGUGGAGUUGGGCGCCUGCCUCGCGCCGACGCAGUGCACUCACGGGGGCGGUCCCAGAGGCAGCGAGCUGUGGUUCCGGUUCCGUCGCGGAGACACGUGAAGGUCGGUGCGGAGUUCGUCUCUGCAAGCGUGGUUGCCCUGGGAUGGAUUCCUCCUCCUCUUCCUCCGCGGCGGGUUUGGGUGCAGUGGACCCGCAGUUGCAGCAUUUCAUCGAGGUAGAGACUCAAAAGCAGCGCUUCCAGCAGCUGGUGCACCAGAUGACUGAACUUUGUUGGGUUCCUGUGGCCUAGCCGGAUGGGAGAAGGGUGACUCCGCUUCUCUGGGGACUAUCAUUCCGGACCUCGGCUUUGUUGGUGCAGAGGACUGGGUAUCAAAGAAGACUUAUGCCACUGGACACCCAGCACUUUCAGGCACCCGAGGUUGAAGCUGCCUAGUGCUGGUCACCAAGACUGAUCGGAGCCCCUAGUACUGGGAUUUUAUUUUUGGCAGCCCGAGUCCCAGAGAGUCAGUGAAUCAGUGAAUCUGCUAUUCCUGGACUCCUCGGGAUUUACCUUCAUUACCCAGUUCUAACCCUCUCCGCUGAAAAAUGAGUGGCUCCAGCCCACUAACUAUAAAAGUGGUGUAAUCUCUUCCAACGUACAUACUUAUUUGCUUUCUUGUUGGAUUGUUGUGUAAUACCAAGCCGUUUCGGGUCUGAAGGUUGAGGAAUUGAGCCUGCCCUGUGAGGGGACUUUGGCAAAAGGGUGGAAGGCAUUUGCAGCUUGCCAACAACGUGUUCUGCUUGCCAAGGACAGAUCUCCCUUAAUGUACACAAUUCACAGAAUUCAGAGGCCAAGGAUAAUUUUCCUUGGAAUUAGAGGGUCUGAGGCUUGUGUACAUGGCAGAGAAUAAUGAACGAAAUUUUUGAACCACUUAACUUGAACUAUAUACAGCCAUUGGUUUCCAUAGGCCCUUUCCCAUAAACUUACAGUAUUGCUGGACUAUGACACCUACCAGAUGCUUACUUAACUCUGGUCUGCCUUGGACCAGAGUGCUUUGAUUCUUUUUUAAAAAUAUCUGUGAUUCGUUACUUUGGGGCUAGGAGGGCGUGUGGUUAAGUACUAUUGCAAGAAUCUGUAAGCUGCCUGGCGCGGUGGCUCAUGCGUGUAAUCCCAGCACUUUGGGAGGCGGGUGGAUCACUUGAGGUCAGGAGUUCGAGACCAGUCUGGGCAACACGGCGAAGCCCUGUCUCUACUAAAAAUAGAAAAAAUUAGCUGGGCGGGGUGGCACCCGCCUGUAAUCCCAGCUACUCAGGAAGCUGAGGCACGAGAAUGGCUUGAACCUGGCGGAGGUUACAGUGAGAUCAUGCCACUGCACUCCAGCCUGGGUGACAGAGCCAGACUCUGUCUCAAAAAAAAAAGAAAAGAAAAGAAAGGAAAAAAAACUGUAAGCUAUGAUGAACCCUUUAGGAAAAUGCAUUCAAUUUUCCAUUCAUCAUGACAGGAUUCAAGAAUCUCUAGCUUAAGUAGACAAGGUUAUAGAAUCUCAAGUCAUAUAUUUUUUUCUUCUUUGGUAGGUUUUAGGGUACUUUGCUGAAAUGAUUUAUCCUUUCACCCUUUUAUUCUGUAGUUAACUUAAAGGCAUUUAGUUCAAACAGCAUUGUGGAGUUAAAACCAAAUUCAUCGAAAGGUUACUUCACUUGUAUUUUGCCAUUUUCUUGCUCUGGAAUAUCCCAGCUCUGCCAUUUUCUGGCCCUAUGAUUUUGCGCAAAGUAUCUCUGUGCCACAGUUUUCCUCUUUGUAAAAUGAGGAUUUAUAAUAGUAUCUAUUCCAUAGUAUUGUUGUAAGAAUUUAAUGUAAGGCUAGAGAACAUUGCUAUAUACUUGGUCAGCUGCCAAAUGUGAACUAUCAGUAACAUAUCAGAUAUUAUUUUUAGGUAAAGUUUUUUUUUCUCUAAGCAACAAAAAGGGACCCCUGCCCCCAACCGUCUUUUUCUUUCCAAGUUCCCUUUGUGAUUCUGUAUCUUGUCCUGAGCAGGAGAAGUGCAUGGACAAGCCUGGGCCAAAGUUGGACAGUCGGGCUGAGGCCUGUUUUGUGAACUGCGUUGAGCGCUUCAUUGAUACAAGCCAGUUCAUCUUGAAUCGACUGGAACAGACCCAGAAAUCCAAGCCAGUUUUCUCAGAAAGCCUUUCUGACUGAUCUCAGCAUUACCUCUUUGGAAAAGGAAGGUAGUUCAAGAAAUGAAGAGCUGUUGAUGGGAUGAUUGAAGAAACAGCUAUGAGAGGAUUGGCUCCCAUCUUUUGUUACUCUUGGGACAUCCUGUCAUCUGAGAAUGAACAAAGACCAAUUUUUUGUGUGUGAAGCUUAAGGGUCAUAUGUUUGCUUGUAUUUUUUAAUGCUAAUCUUGUGAAAAUAAUUGACAGGUGAAGGAAAACUCUAUUUAGAUGCAUAUUACUGUACAUGGGACUAUGCUUUUCUCAAAGCCCCAUUAACUGCUUCGUAUAAUUUUGAUAGUGGGACCACAUACGUAAAAAUCUCUCAUUUGUGUGGAGUCAUUUCUGAUUUCAGGGGAGAUCCUUGUGUUUAUCAGAAAGGGCAGAAGUAGGGGAAGAAUAAUUUGGUAUCCUUAUCUAGUGUUUGAUUGUCAAUGCUGGAGAAAAAUAUCUGUAAGAGUGUUUAUACAGUACACUUCAGUUAUCUUGAUGAUCUCCCUUUCCUAUAUGAUGAUUUGCUUAAAUAUCCAUAUUAAGUAAGUCUCAAGGUAGGGUAGGCAGCCUGAGAGUCUAGAGGCCUUUAGUUAUAAAGGAAUCUAGCCAGUGAACAUAAUUCUUAUUACUAGACUGCCACAAGGAAGAAAUUAACUUACCCUGUAUAUCAGGGUACAAAAAAAUCAGUGAUGUGCCUAAAUAAGUUAUAAAGAUUUAGGCCAAUCAGAAGCUAACAGCAGUUUCAGGUAGAGGUGCAUGCCUAAUGUUAAUUAGUGUAGAUUCCAUUUACUGCAUUCUUUUGAUCACUGAAAUAAAAGCUAUAUAAGAUUCAACUCUGUGAUUGAGAAGGCAUCCUAUUGCAGUUAUUAUCUGCAACCCGGAGAGAUUUAGCAUGGGCUGAUUCCAAGGUUAAAAUGUAGUCAGUCAGUCUGGGUACCUGCUCUGUGUAAGGUACAGCACAGUAUUCCAGGGGUUCCUGACCUUUUUGAGAAAAAAGAGAACCUAGAGAUGAGAUGGGGAGGGAAGCGGUUAUGUGCUGGCAGUCAAGUCCGUGAGUAUAGUAGAGGUUGUAUUGACUGGAUUCUCCUCUUAUUUCAAAUCCUUGUAGACUGGAGUAUAGACCUAAAAUGGACCUACUUGUUGGGAGCCUCUAGUGCAAAUCCAUGAAAUCUGGGGAAAUGAACAUCUCUAAAAGCUUCAAGUUCCUGUUUAGAUUUUCCCCAUAAACGUGCUAGAAGGACUUUUUUUUUUUUUUUUUUUGGACUGAGUCUCGCUCUGUCGCCCAGGCUGGAGUGCAGCGGCGGGAUCUUGGCUCACUGCAACCUCCACCUCCCGGGUUCAAGUGAUUCUCCUGCCUCAGCCUCCUGAGUAGCUGGGAUUACAGGCGCACGCCACCAUGCCUGGCUAAUUUUUGUACUUUUAGUAGAGACGGGGUUUCACCAUGUUGGUCAGGCUGGUCUCGAACUCCUGACCUCAUAAUCUGCCCACCUUGGCCUCCCAAAGUGCUGGGAUUACAGGCGUGAGCCACCGCGCCCAGCUGGAAUUUUUUUUAAAUCAUUAUGAAAACACAGUUAAACAUUUAAGUUCAUACUCUGUGCCGUUGUUUUUAGUGACAGGAUUUCAGCAGUGCACAGAAACAGUCCCUGCCCUUGAGGAGCUUGUGGUCUAGUUAGGGGAGGUAGACAAUAAACACAUAAAUAUGUCAAUGUAAUAAGUGCCAUGGAGAAAUAGCAGAGUAAGGGUGUUAGGGAAUAUUUAUGGAGUGUGAUUAUUUUAUUUUAUAUAAGAUGGUUUGAGAAGGCCUCCUUGGGAAGGUGGCAUUCCAACAGAGACCUGAAUGAACUAAGCAACCAAACCUUGUGGGUGUUGCCGGGCACGGUGGCUCACGCCUGUAAUCCCAGCACUUUGGGAGGCUGAGGCAGGCAGAUCACGAGGUCAGAAGAUCAAGACCAUCCUGGCUAACAUGGUGAAACCCCGUCUCUGCUAAGAAUACAAAAAAAAAAAAUGAGCUGGGCGUGGUGGCAGGCGCCUAUAGUCCCAGCCACUUGGGAGGCUGAGGCAGGAGAAUGGCGUGAAACCGGGAGGCAGAGCUUGCAGUGAGCCGAGAUUGUGCCACUGCACUCCAGCCUGGGUGACAGAGCAAGACUCCGUCUCAAAACAAACAAACAAACAAAAAAACCCCACAAAACCUUGUGGGUGUCUGAGACAAGAACAUUUCAGGCAGGAGUAACAGUAAGUCCAAAGGCCCCAAGGUAGGAACUGCAUGCAUGAUGCCAUGGAGAACAGUCAAGAGGUCAUUAUAGCUGGAGUAAAGUGAGUGAAAGAGAAUGGUAAGAAAUAAGGUUGGAGAGACCGGGUGCGGUGGGCUCAUGCCUGUAAUCCCAGCACUUUGGGAGGCCGAGAUGGAUGGAUCACCUGAGGUCAGGAGUUCAAGACCAGCCUGGCCAACAUGGUGAAACCCUGUCUCUGCAAAAAAUACAAAAAUUAGCCAGGUGUGGUGGCAGGUGCCUGUAAUCCCAGCUACUUGGGAAGCUGAGGCAGGAGAAACACUUGAAACCAGGAGGCAGAGAUUGCAGUGAGCUGCUCCAGCCUGGGUGAGAGAGUGAGACUCCAUCUCAAAAAAUAAUAAUAAUAAUAAUAAGGUUGGAGAAAAACGCAUGCAAUGGAUCAGGGUGAGGGGUGUGUGUGCACUGAUUAUGUGGGGCCUUGUAGGCCAUGGCAAGGACUUGGGCUUUUACUAAGCAAGGUGGGAAGCCAUUUGAGGGAUUUUAACAGAUGAAUGAUGUAACAUAAUUUUAGGAGGGUCUGGCUGCUCUUUGGGCAACAUCACAUGGUGAAGAAGUUGUAACAGUAGCAGUAGUAGUAAGAAUAAUGGCAUUUUGAAAUCCAGGAAAAUGAGACUUUAAAAUGCAUAUACCUUGUAACUAUAUGUCCCCGUUGACUUUUUUUUCCCUACAACAUUUAAUGUGAGGCCAGGCACGGUGGCUCACAUCUAUAAUCUCAGUACUUUGGGAGGCUGAAGUGGGAGGAUUGCUUGAGCCCAGGAGUUUGAGACCAGCCUAGGCAACAUGCCAAGACCCCAUCUCUACAAAAAAUACAAAAAUUAGCUGGGCAUGGUGGCACAUACCUGUAGUCCCAGAUACAUGGGAGGCUGAGGUGAGAGGAUCACCUGAGCCUGUGGAGGUCGAGGCUGCAGUGACCCAUGAUCACGCUACUGCACUCCAGCCUGGGUGACAGUGAGACCGUGCCUCAAAAAUAAAAAGAAAAUGUGUUCUUAAAACCUCAAGUCAUAGGAACGGUUCUUUAGUCUUUUCCUUAUUAUUAUAUUUAUUAUGUUAUUUAUUACUAUAUUAUUUAGGUUUUUUUUUUUUUUGAGACGGAGUCCCACUCUGUCUCCGAGCCAGUGGCACGAUCUCGGCUCACUGCAAUCUCUGCCUCCUGGGUUCAAGCGAUUCUUCUGCCUUAGCCUCCCGAGUAGCUGGGAUUACAGGCACACACCACCACACCCAGCUAAUUUUUGUAUUUUUAAUAGAGACGGGGUUUCACCAUGUUGGCCAGGAUGGUCUUGAUCUCCUGACCUCGUGAUCCACCUGCCUUGGCCUCCCAAAGUGCUGGGAUUACAGGCGUGAGCCACCGCGCCCCACCUUAUUUAGUAUUAAAGUGUUCUCAUUACUUGUACACACAAAUUUAAAUGUCUUAGCUUUACAGUAUUGCUUGCUCAGCGAAUAUAUAUCAUGAGAAAGGUCUGUCAGAUUCAUACAGUAAACUUGAGCACCAAUUAUGUGUUUUGACACUACUGGGCACAAAGACAAUGGAAAAGAAAAGGUGUAACAAAUCCCCUGUCUGAGAUUAAUAAGUCCCAAGGCAACAAUUUGGGCUUUUGUUUGUUUUGUCAAUCUGAGAAAUGCAUUUUCAGAACCUUGAUAGGUGGUACUGUUAGCCCUGAUGACAUUCAAAGUCCUCAUUUCAAAUAUCCAAGGUAGAAAAUUCAAAACUCAGUUGUAAAACAAAAGAAUUGGAUUAGCAGACCCUUUUCAUGAAAUGAAAUCUUACUUAGAAGCCUGAUAUGUAAAGCAGAAAAGCCAAGCUACUCUGGUGGUUAGUAUCUGGAAGCCUUCCUACUGUUGUGUUGUCACCCACCUGCACUGCCAGUGAUGCCUAAGGCUCGUCUUCAAGCUUCCAGGUUUUACCAAGCACACUCUGAAAGUGAGUCUAUGUACGAUCAUUAGGGAUAACAGAAGGAAAUCAAGCAAAAACUUGCUCUUUAUUUACAAUAAACUCCAUAAGGAAUUUGAAUUCUAAAGUUAACAAAUCAAUGAACUCCAUGUAAAAUAGUCUUUACAUGGAAUAAUGGAAAACAAUCGAUGGUCCUUUUCUUAAAAACCAAUUUUUCCCCAUUGUAAUACCUUUUUUUUUUUUUUAAAGAUGAGAUCUCGCUCUGUUUCCAAGGCUGGAGUGCAGUCAUUUCCAUGUAGUAUGUACUUUUCCUGACUACUGCCAUGACUCACUUGCCAUUUUCAAGGAAUAGCAGCCCACUGACUCAAAUGUUAAUCUGCUUUGGCAACACCCUCACAGACACACCCAGGAUCAAUACUUUGUAUCCUUCAAUCCAAUCAGGUUGACACUCAUUAUUAACCAUCACAAACUUCUUUAUAAAUUGAUAUGGAAUGAGCUCCAAUACAUAUUGUUAAAUUUAAAAAGCAAGAUUAAAGACUACCAUUUGUGUAAAAAGGGGGGGGGAUUAAAAUAUAUGUACGCAUAUUUGCUUGAAUAAGCAUUAAUUAACUCGUGAAGGAUACUGUUAAUAUUGAUUGCCUCUGGGGAAAAGAACUGGGUGGUUGGGGAGUAGGGGUGGGAGACUUUUUGCCAUGUCUUUUUGCCAUCUUUUCUUUAUGCCUUUUGAGUUUUGAAUCAUGUGAAUGAAUGACCUAUUCAGAGAAAUACAUAUUAUUUUUAAAAAUAACAAAAUUUCUCUCCAUUUCAGCACUAUAAACUCUGUACUAAAAAGUGGGGAUGUGUGAUAGAAACCACUUUUAGGAAUAAAAAACUUAUAUUUCAACUACAGUA